AUGACCUCAAAGUCGGGGACUCCGCCACAGACCUCAUGGACACGAUCCGGCGACAGCGCUGCACCUACGUCCAACGUGCUGCAGAGCCUGAUGCCGGUUGCAGACCCAUCCCUGACGGCUGGCGCCCACGUGACAGGUCGGCCUCGCCGUCGUCCUCAGCUCGCCCUCCUCUGUCUCCUCGCCGUUGCGCUGGUGUACACGUACGAGAUCAUGGAGAAGAGCUCGGCGGACGCUGUGCGGGGCCGGUUCUCAUGCCAGAACAUGGCGCCCCGGUUCGCGCUGCGCACGGCGUACGUCGCGGCGUGCGCGCUCAUGGCUGCGGCCCUGCCCUUCUUCGGCGACGUCGUCGGCGUGGUGGGCACCGUGGGAUUCAUCCCGCUCGACUUCGUCCUCCCCGUCGUCAUGUACAACGUGGCGCUCGCGACGCCCAGGUGCUCGCCCGUGUACCUGGCCAACGUCGCCAUCAUGGUCGUCUUCACCGGCGUCGGCGUCAUCGGCGCCGUGGCGUCCGUGCGGAAGCUCGCGCUCGAUCUCGAUGCUGGCGAGUUCAAGCUCUUCAGUGAUAACGUUGUGGACUGA